UCAUGUUUUUGCAAUUGUAACCAUGUUCUUGUAGUAAAAAUGACGAUGUUGUAUAUCAAUUUAAUCGUGUUCUAUGGAAUUCAUUAAAAGAUUGCUGGGCAUGGGAGCGCGGAAGCCUUUUAAAGUUCAAGACAGAAAUGGACAGAAACGUAUUGGUGUAAUGGCAGCAUCUUUGAAAGAACUUAGAAAGAAAGGAUCAGUGAAAUUAGGCAUCAGUAAUGUUGGAAGUAUUGUGUUGGAAGAAGAUGGAACACAUAUUGAUGAUGAAGAUUAUUUCAACUCCUUAAGUGACCAGUCAGUUUUGGUGUUUUUGCAACCUGGCGAGGUUUGGGAAGGAUAUAUCACUUACUUAAAGCUAGCAAGCACGAAAAUUCUUGACAAUGUUAGCAUACGAAAAGAGACUAUUGAUGAGAUACAGGCCCGUUUAUAUGAUCCAGACUCGCCUGAGUUGUUAUUGAUGAUGGAAUACGUUCAUGUUGCGCAUGCUAAUAUCCAAGCAGAGAGGAGACAAGACGAUCCCGACUGGUUUGAAGGUGUUUCGACAUCAAUGAAAACAAAAACACAAGUCAUGAGAGAGUCAGCAAAAGGAAGAGUACGUGGCUAUUUGUGGAAGACAAAAGAGUUCGCCGAAAAGAUGGAUAUUCCGAAAUCUUCGAGAAAAGCUUUAAAGCACAUUUUAUCCUGUUUUCAAGAAGAACUAAAGCGUAAAGAAUACAACGCAAGAUAUUUCGAUCGAACUGCAGAAGCCGAGUCAGAAAAACUAUGUUCAGACAAGGGUUGGUUUUCUUGCCAAGGUGCGUUUGAUCGCGAAUCCUGCGAUAAUUCUCAUACGAUUAACCCGUAUGCUUCUAAAGACACGCGAGUAUUUUUCAGCACAUGGAAUUUAGACCACAGAAUUGAAAAAUCACGAGAAGUUCUGCCACAGUUGGUACAUGCGAUAAAGAACUGUCCGAAAGAUAAAGAAGUGAAUUGGAGGUAUUUUUACCAGCUUUUGUUUACCGUUAGCAAUUUGAAAUUAGUCGAUAUAAGAUGUCAUCGAAAAGACAAACAUGAAAACUACAAAGUGGAUAAACGGAAAGUCUACGUCGAAGCAAUGUCUUGCUAGCUUAUAGUGACGUUAGAGGUUGGGAUGUAGUAAAGAAUUUAAACAAGCAUCGCAGGAUAUAAUAUUCACAAGACUUUAAUUGAAUUUGUUUUAAUCUAGGCUAUAUACACAAAUGGGUUGCAAAUUGCUCUUAUAAAAAACAGAUAAAUUAUUAUAUUCUUACAAGCGAAAAAUGUUUUUUAUAUACAUAUAUAAAAGAAUAAUACAUCCUUUUUUAGUAAGAAUAAUGCUUUUUUUUUAUAACGUUAUUCGUAAAAAAUCGAAACUGUUAAAAAUUGUGUUAACCUUAUUGGUGCGCUACGAUAAUAUUACUUCUGCGUCAUCAAGAAAUGUAACAAUAAAAAUUUCAGCUUAGUCAAGUUUCAAAAAUAAACAAAAAAUGGUGUGUCUGGUGAUCAAGGCCCGGAUUUAUUCUUGUAUUUCUGUUUAGCUGCAUUUCCUGCUAUAGCGUAAAAAAACUCUUGCCCUUUUUAGUAUUCUUAAAAUCGAGUUUUGAUAAAAAGAAUUCUUAUAAGAAAAGGGUGUAAUUCCAAUUCUUAUAAGAAAAGGGUGUAAUUCCAAUUUUUUAACCUUUACCUUUCUAUUACAAAUUUUAAAAGAAAUUAAUAAUACAUAAUUUCAAAUUUUGUGGCUUAGCUGAAAAUAUAGACUGUCCUCAAUUGAUGUGCAUUAUGCUACAAAAUAAAUUUCACAAUAGAAUAUGUUAGCUUAAGUUCACUCUAUACUACACAUAAACAACAAUUAAUAUAUAUGUUUCGAACACUACAAAACAUUCCAAGAUUACAUUUUCACCAGUACCCUUUUUACCAUUUUCCUUUUUUACUUUUUUGAAAUUGUUUCACCAUAUCUGAAAGUUUAUGCACUCCUUCGUAGAGACCAUCCCCAGUUAUUGCACACAUUUCUUGUACGUGCCAUGGAUUUGAUCGUAACUCUCUCAAACCCAUCUUUUCCACGAGUUCCCAUGAUUUUAAUGCAUUUGGGAGGUCUUGCUUGUUAGCCAGAAUCUGAUUUUAAAAGAUGUAAAGAGUUAUAACAACCUCGUUCCCAAAGCGCACAUCUUUUUCACGUGUGAACGAGAAUAAGUGGCCUGAGGCCAAAUUUGCGCUGGUAGUAAUUGCUGUUUUUUUUGUGAAAUAUUUUAUGGGAAUUUUAUUUAUUAAAUAUAUAAACAUUUUUACAAAAAA